UGAGAGUAUAAAUAGUCAUACAUUUCUGGUUGUUUGGAAAAAUAUUCAUAAUAAACUUUGCAGAUGAUAACAAUGAGCAUGUGGUGGUUCCUAACAACAUUAGCCAUUACGGCUUUCUUUUAUCUCCCUGCUUAUGCUUAUGAUAACGAACCUCUACAGGACACGUGUGUAGCUGUUACUGACAAUCAGACUUCAGUUUUCGUGAAUGGAAAGACUUGCAAAAACCCAAAGCUUGCAACAGCAAAUGAUUUCUAUUUUUCAGGUCUUAAUGUUAGUAGAGAUGUAUACCCCAAGUUUGGUAUUGCUGUAACUGUUGUGGGUGUAAAGGAAAUGCCUGGACUUAACACUCUUGGUAUUUCAACUUCUCGUGCUGACAUUGAACCACAAAGUCUUUUUCCAUUUCACACGCAUCCUCGAGGUACUGAACUGGUAACUGUCCUGAAGGGUACGCUCCUUGUAGGAAUUUUUGUCAGUGAUCCUGCGAACAUCUUUAAGACUCGCCUCUUAUCCAAAAUCCUGUAUCCUGGCGAUGUGUUUGUGUUCCCAAGAGGUCUUAUUCACUUCCUGUAUAAUGUGGGAAACAAAAAAGCUAGUCUGUUUGGCACGUACAACAGUCAAAAUCCUGGACUUAUCACGAUUCCUAGUUCAAUCAUUUCUUCAACACCACGUGUUAUGGAUACCAUUCUUGCCGAAGGCUUCCAGCUUAAUAAGACACAGAUUGCAGAACUUCGAAGGAAAUUCUCUUAGGCUAUAUUAUAGUAUGUCAUUAGAAAUAUGAUUCUGUUGCUGCUCAGCAGCGUCUUAUGAAAGCGUUGGAAUAAUACUUUACUCAAUAACUCCUAAUAAAUCAAGUGGAAAUAUAUGUAACUACAUAAUCUUUCUUGAGCAAGAGAUUUGUUCCAGGAAGAUUGAAUAUAAAAAUAUGAAGCAUAUUAUGUUAGUAAUAUUUAGCA